UGCUGUGCGUGUUACUCUGGCCGCAGCAGCAGGCGGUGAUUAUAAACCGGGAGAGCAGGAGAUCCGGACAGUCGGAGCCUCGCUGGGAGUUUGUUGCUCAGUGAGUCUAACUUUUCGAACAAACUUUGAAACUUUUAUUUUGGUUGGUGUUUUUUCCUCCGCCGCUGACAUGUCGACCUCCGAGAGCUUCCCGGCCUGUGAGGGGAUGUACUCCAAACUCAUAGACGACGAGGGCGCAAACGACGGCUUCAACCACAGGCCAGAUGUUGGCCACGGCGCCUACCCAGCCUCCCCGGUCAGAGUGAUCCCCAGGCCGGGGGGCCCCGGGCCCUACCGCCUCGCCACCUUCUGCCUGGCUACGCUGAGCGCCGUGCUGCUCAUCUCCAUCAUAGCCGUCGCUGCACACUAUCAGAGCAAGCCUCAGAGCGGCGGCGAAGCGACCUCAGAGCUACAGAAGCAGACGCAGGACGCAAACGUUUCCGCUUUACUCGCCUCCAUCAGCAAACUGCAGCAGGAGAAAACGCAGCUGCAGAAAGACAAAGACGAGCUGCUGGCCGAACUGGCUGCCACGAAAGCUCCUGAGGUGAUCAAACCGACCACGAAGGCGGCGGCGGCGACGGCGGCCCCCAUCAUCUGCCCUCCUGACUGGCACCUCUUCAACAACAGCUGUUACUUCAUCUCCAGAACCACACGGGAUUGGCCGGAGAGCCAGUCGUACUGCGAGAGCCAGGGAGGUCACCUGGCCAUCAUCCACACGGCCGAGGAGCAGACGUUUCUGUGGAACCUUCUUCCCAGAGGCCACUGGAACGCCUUCUGGUUUGGGAUCACUGACGAGCACACAGAGGAUCAUUGGAAGUGGGUGGAUGGCACCCCGCUGGUUGGAGGUUUCUGGGAGGUGGGCGAGCCCAACAACCACAUUGACGAGGACUGUGGCUACAUUGUGAAAACCCGCGUGUUGGAGCGAGUGGCCAUCCGGAGCUGGUACGACGCCCCCUGCUCCAUGUACUGGCGCUUCAUCUGUGAGAAGGAGAUGGGCCCCGGUAACAGCACCGCCAUGCCGCACUGAGGCGUCCACGCCCCUGUGGUCGUCUGAGGAAAACCAGGAGAGGAAGUUACGCACUUUGUCAGGUUUUAGCGCACUCAUCUGAAGACCACUUAAACAAACCGGCUAAAUUUAGUGACUGUUGUGACAUUUUGUAUCUUUGUUUGUGGCGACUAACAUUUUCAAGGCUUCAGGAGUUUGCAGCCAUUUUUGGGCCAACAAACCAGUUAUUUGGUUUCGUAAAGUGGGCCUUUUUCUAACCCUCACACUGUCUUCUGUCCCUUAAGCCAACCAGACCUUAAACACAGCGUUUGGAGACUAAACUUUGAACAGAUCAGACAUAAAGUUUGAACAGAACAGAAGCUUCACAGAAGCUUACAGUACCAACUUUUACAGAAGGUAAUUAAACAUUUCUGUGCGUUCACACUGCUUUCAACCUUUUGCAUUCUUACAAUCAUUAUAUGACAUAAUGAAGGACAUCUAAAUUGUAGUGAAUGAAGAAGCUCACACAUUUCCAGUAAUAAAGUCCAGUUAAGAUCAGUGAUAUUAAAUAUGUAAUUAUGUGUGUAUUUUAGAGGCGACACAAACAGUGACAGCAUGUCAGCUGAGGUGUUGAACAAUGGCCGCUCAACAUGUUUGCAAUCAUGUUUUUCAGUAAAGGACACUUGAUGCUAAUAAUCAAAAAUCCUAGAGAUUGUAAUUUUAAUGUUCCACUGAUCAUCACCUCCGGCUUUAUUACUGAAAAUUUCCAAACUGCUUCUGCUGUCUCACUUUACGUUUUGACAGGCUAACAUCAGUGUUAGCUUCUCCAGCAGGUAAACCUUCGAUCAUAACAUUUCAGGGUUCAUUCGUAAAGAUUUUUGUUCUGAAUGACGUCAGGAAACGUGUCUGUAAUACCACAAAUCCUAAAUGUCGUCCUAACUCAGUUAAGAUUUCAGGCAUAAAGUGGACCCUGCAAACAGAUCGUGUAACUUUGUAGAAAGUUUCUCUGCUCAGCUGGAGGUCAGUGGCUCGUAGUGAUAACAGGUUACAUUGAUGAAGAUGGGACAAAGACUUUGUCAAGCCUCAGGGGACGAUUGUUUUGCUUCUAUGACUUUAUGUGACCAGAAGGUUUCAUAAACCUGUAGCCUUACAGUCUGCCUUCUACCAGAUAAAUCAUGUUUUUACAUUCAAGGUUAUAUAUUAGUGUCCUGAUGUUAAUUAAUGUGUGUGUGUGUGAGACUGUCUGGUGUUAUGUGUUAGUGAUGUCACCACUUCUGUUAAAAUGAUGAAUUUAAAUCUGAUGCAUUAUGAUUGAGGGACAUGAAUCAAAUAACGCACACAUUAAUGUGUCCUGUGGAUCUUGUAAAUACACAAUAAAGAUGUUUGUUUUGUAUCUUAA